GAAAACAAAGAUGAAUUUGGCUAUAAUAAGGAAGAUGUCUCCAGGCCAAGACUCCUAGAGUACAGCCUGCAGCUCCUGAGCUUCUCUGCCUCCCUUUCAGCCUCUCGGGGCCAGUUUACCUCUGUGCUCCAAGUCUCCCAGGCAGACCCUGAGGCCCCUCAUAGGGGAGACAGCAUAGUCAGUUUACUCAAGGGAGAGGCAACAGAGGGCAUGAGGGGACAGGAACACUCCCUAACCCUCUCAGGGACUUGUGUAUCUCAGUAGCCAAGGUUGACAAGGAAUCAGAAGGAAGUUCGCCCCACUGGAUCAUCCAGAGGACAGCCCAAAGAACACCUGGUUUGGCUGUGACAGGUCCCAUAUUACACCCAGAGAAGCUAACAGGAAGGAGAAGGCUGCAGCAAUGCCAGACUCCCCGGCUGAAGUGAAGACGCAGCCCCGGUCCACACCCCCCAGCAUGCCGCCCCCACCUCCCACCUCAUCCCAGGGAGCCACACGACCACCCUCCUUCACACCUCACACACAUGGCGAGGACGGACCUGCGACGUCUCUACCCCACGGCCGUUUCCACGGCUGCUUAAAGUGGUCCAUGGUCUGUCUCUUGAUGAACGGCAGCAGCCACUCACCCACGGCCAUCCACGGUGCCCCGUCUACGCCCAAUGGCUUCAGCAACGGCCCAGCCACCUCAUCCACCGCCUCGCUGUCCACACAGCACCUGCCCCCGGCCUGCGGGGCGCGGCAGCUCAGCAAACUCAAACGGUUCCUCACCACCCUGCAGCAGUUUGGCAGCGACAUCUCACCCGAGAUCGGGGAGCGCGUACGCACACUGGUGCUGGGACUGGUGAACUCAACUCUGACGAUCGAAGAGUUUCAUUCCAAGCUCCAAGAAGCCACCAACUUUCCACUGAGGCCGUUCGUCAUCCCCUUUCUGAAGGCUAAUCUUCCGCUGCUGCAGCGAGAGCUCCUGCACUGCGCCCGCCUGGCCAAGCAGACGCCUGCCCAGUACCUGGCCCAGCACGAACAGCUGCUGCUGGAUGCCAGCGCCACCUCCCCGGUGGACUCGUCUGAGCUCCUGCUGGAAGUCAACGAGAACGGCAAGAGGAAAACACCUGACAGGACCAAAGAGAAUGGGUCAGACCGGGACCCUCUGCACCCCGACCACCUCAGUAAGCGGUCCUGCACCCUGAGCCCUGCCCAGCGCUGCAGCCCCAGCAAUGGGCUGCCCCACCCUACACCGCCCCCGCCCCCGCACUAUCGCCUGGAGGACAUGGCCAUGGCCCACCACUUCCGGGACUCCUAUCGGCAUCCUGAUCCCCGAGAGCUACGGGAACGCCAUCGGCCCCUCGCCAUACCUGGGUCUCGACAAGAAGAAGUGAUUGACCACCGGCUCACGGAACGUGAGUGGGCAGAGGAGUGGAAGCAUCUCAAUAGUCUCCUGAACUGUAUCAUGGACAUGGCGGAGAAGACACGGAGAUCCCUCACUGUGCUGCGCCGGUGUCAGGAGGCCGACCGUGAGGAACUCAACCACUGGAUCCGGUGCUACAGUGACUCUGAGGAGGGGAAGAAGGGCCCCACCCCCAUCUCGGCUCGGUCCCUCAACAGCUGCAGUGGCUCUGAGGGGUCUCAGCUAGAUGUUCACCGGGACUUCACCCCCAGGACCCUGUCUGGCUAUAUGCCUGAAGAGAUCUGGAGGAAGGCUGAAGAAGCUGUGAAUGAGGUGAAGCGUCAGGCGAUGUCGGAACUACAGAAAGCCGUGUCCGAUGCGGAACGCAAAGCCCACGAACUCAUCACCACAGAGCGCGCCAAGAUGGAGCGAGCCCUGGCUGAGGCCAAGCGACAGGCCUCGGAGGAUGCCCUGACUGUCAUCAACCAGCAGGAGGACUCCAGCGAGAGCUGCUGGAACUGCGGGCGCAAGGCCAGCGAGACUUGCAGUGGCUGUAACGCCGCACGCUACUGUGGGUCCUUCUGUCAGCACAAGGACUGGGAGAAACACCACCAUGUGUGUGGCCAGAGUCUGCAGGGCCCCGCAGCUGCGGUGGCUGACCCAUUACCUGGACAGCCUGACGCCACUGCCAGCCCCAGCGAAGCCGGCUCAGCAGGACCCUCUCGUCCCUGCUCUCCGGGCCCACCAGUCCCACUGGACACUGCUGUGCCCCGCUGACCUCCAGACCUGCCACUCAGCCCCUGGACGCCCUGCCCUGCCAACCCCACCCCGGCCCCACUGUGGCCCACCAGUUGCCUGGAGCUGGCCUUGUGGAGUCACUGCUGCUACUGCUUCUCUCCAAAAUAAAACACAGAUCCAACAGAACUGCACCCAUGCAGCCCCAGCUACCUGACAAGGUCCGCCAGGACCUCUACAGUCUCUCUUCGCAAGCACCCUCAGAAACCACCACGGAGCUGCAGACAUCGGCGUCAGCGGAAGUGUGGCCAGCUGUCUGCCCCCUCUGUGUCUGUCUGUGACCGUCUCUCUUUCUGCGUCUGCCUCUCUUCUGCGUGUCUGGAUGUCUUCGCCUCCUUCUGCCUCCCUGACUCUCCCGUGUCUCCGUCUCUGUGAAGUCCACGUGGGUUUCUCUGUCAGCAGAGAAACCCCAGUUGGUAGCUUUGGUUUUCCAUGAAGAACUUUCGGAGACUUCGUUUUGUUUUGCUGGCAGACAAGCUACUUAGAAACGGACAGAGAAGACUGGGGGGGCUUCUCCCCCAUCCCUCCGCGGUAAGGGAAGAAACUGUGAUUUUUUUUUCUAGCCAGAGUUGCUCUAUCUCCCAGCCAGCCCCGGGGGGAUCGGCUCGCACACAGAAGAGAUGCCGAGAAACAUUUCAGUUUCCAACUCAAGAAGCAGUUUUUGUUUCAGGUUUUAUUUCUUUUCUUGAACGUCAAACUCUUUGGCUUUAAGUGGAAAAAAAAAAAAAAGAGAGAGAGAGAAAAAAAUCCAAAAAGUUUUUUUUUUUUAAGCAAAAGAAACAUACCUAUAAACUACCUUACCAGCUAGCCAGCCAAGGAUGCCAGAUACACCUCGCUCCAAAGGAAACCCAAAAAAAAAGCAAACUCAAAAAAAAAUCAAAAUCCAAAAUUUAUUUUUAUCACUGCCAAAGUAUUUUCUUCAUGGUCUCUCCACCCUGGGUUGGUUUGGAUGUCAGUCUUUGAUUUCGGUUUUGAUUUUGUCAAGGGGGGGGGUGUGUGUUGGGAUACUGGGAUUCGGUGGGUUGGGCCAAGAAGAAACCUUUUGUUCCUUUUUGACCGGUGGGCAGCAUCCUGGCUGGGCAAAGUGGUCGGCAGCGAGGCCCUAUGGCCCUCAGCACCACAUCCAGAAGCCCCAGUCAGCAUGAGCCUGAGCAUUGUGUGCCCAAGGGCCACGCCCGUGCGUCCCUACACGCAAGGGUGACACCUCCAUCUGUCCCCACACCUUCCUGGGACUUCUCAUAAGUCAUUUCCACUUGUGAAAAAAAAAAAAGUGCUAACGUGUUCUCCCCAGAGAGAGCACACUUCCUAAAUGAAACUGUGACAAUCUUUUGGGUUGAUUCUUGACUGCUUUCGAGAGCAUAAGGAGACAGCAAAUCAUGCUUUCUCAGUUUCCCUCCUCUACCUCUCUGCUUUUCCAUCCCACCCUACCUCCAUCUCAACCCCGUCACCCCCAUCCCCAGUGUCUUGCUAUGGCUACCCUCAUUUCUUUCAAACUUUUACAGAAAAAAAAAAA